AUGGCCAUACCAAGAUCAGUUUUCCCGGCAAUAUCAAUGAGGACGGUGGUUCAGUGUCACAUUUUUUCAGAUGCCAGCUUAAAGGCCUAUGGUGCAGUUGCAUAUAUCAGAGUGGUCGAUGCAAAAGGGCAAGUAUCAGUUUCAUUUUUAUGCUCAAAGAGUCGCGUAGCACCUAUGAAGAUGGAUGGGAGCGAUGAGCUCACGCUUCCGAAGUUAGAGCUCACUGCAGCAUUAAUCGCUGCCAGAUUGUGCGAGUACCUUAGAAGUUCACUAAAAAUUCCAAUCAAAGAGUACUUUCUAUGGACCGAUUCCAAAAUUACCUUAAAUUGGAUAUACGGACAGUUGCAGAAAUGGAAACCAUAUGUCCAGACUAGAGUUGAAGAAAUUCGCCGUCAUACUUCCGUUGCUGAUUGGAGUCACUGCUCAGGCAAAGACAACCCGGCCGAUUUGGUUACAAGAGGGAUAUCUGGAGAAAAGUUGCAGUCAUCAGCUAUUUGGAUCGGUGGACCUAGUUGGCUGAAAGUUCCUGUUCUUGAUACUUGUAAGGAAAUCGCAGAUUGUCAAAGUCAAUUGAAUCUAUUAACACAAACUGAAGAAAGCAUCCGUGACCAAAAGAAGAAGGAACCGAUGGAGGCCAUCGUGAACUUCCAAAAUUUUAGCACAUGGCUAAGGUUGUUGAGGGUGACUUGCUGGGUUUUGCGGUUUGUUCACCGCAGACAAAGUUUUGAGAAGUUCUUGACUGAGGAGGAGCUACGCGAUGCCGAGCUUUACUGGCUAAGGUAUGUACACAGAACAAAAUUUACUAAUGAAUACUUUUCUUUAAAGAAAACUGGCGUUUUGGAAUUGUCAUCCAAAAUUCUAAAGCUAAGUCCGUUACUAGACGACAAUAGACUUAUCAGAGUAGGAGGCAGGCUCCAGAUGCUUGAAGAAACUUACGAUAUCAAGCACCCAAUCAUUUUGUCGUCUGACCAUCAUAUCACGGAUCUUAUUGUUGAUGACUUUCACCGAACAACGUUACACGGAGGAGUAAACACCGUCCUAGCUAAGAUAAGAGAACGAUUUUGGGUCAUCAAGGGCCGACAGGUAGUAAAGAAGCGGAUCAACAGCUGCAUCGUUUGUAAAAAAUUGUUUGGGCAGCCCGCUUCCCAGCCAUUCGCACCACUCCCACUACAUCGAGUUACUUUAGACAGGCCUUUCAAUAAUGUUGGUAUUGAUUUUGCUGGGCCUCUUUUUUACAUAACUGACGAUGGUUCUUCGAUGCGUAAAGCAUAUUUGCUGGUCUUCACCUGCGCGGCUGUCAGAGCAGUUCAUAUCGAGCUAACCACGAGCAUGUCCACUGAUAGUUGUAUCAUGGCUUUGAGACGUUUUAUAGCAAGACGUGGUACCCCAUCUGCUAUAUACUCCGACAAUGCUAAAUCUUUUCGGCGAGCCUCAUUUGAACUGAGAGGUUUCAAUGAUGUUCUACAGGGAGAAGGUCUGCCCGACUUUCUAGCGAAUAGCCGGAUAAGGUGGAACUUUAUCGUUGAGCGAGCUCCCUGGUGGGGAGGCUUCUGGGAGAGGAUGAUAAGAACAAUUAAGAAUGUUCUCAAAACGGUCAUUGGUAAGGCCAAAUUAAAUUUUGAACAAUUGAGAACUUUACUUACAGAGGCUGAAGCUUUGGUGAAUGAAAGGCCCCUUACUUACCUUUCCGAAGAUGUCUUGGGAUCACCGCCUCUGACACCGGCACAAUUCCUACACAUGCGCUCCACAACAACCGGCCAAAAUCUAUCUAAAGAGCUUAAUUCUUCGGGCUUGAGAGAACUGUGGCAACAUCGAAUGAAGUAUUUCGCAAAGAUGACAAUAAGAUGGCGAAUCGAAUACAUGCAGCAGCUUAGGUCUUUUCACUCAUCUAAUCCGAAGACAUCAAAGCAGUUACGAGUUGGAGAUGUGGUUCUGUUGUAUGACAGUGCUAAGCCACGUAUACAGUGGGAGAUGGUAAUGGUUAACCAGACGUUCGAGGGCCGAGAUGGAAAGGUUCGAGCUUGCGAGGUGAGAUUUGCGGACAGACGAUUAAUGCGAAGACCAGUCCAGCUCCUUUAUCCAUUGGAGCUAGCGAAUUCUGCCCGGGCCGCAGGAUGUUAA